AUGAUGGACAUCACCAAGUUGGGGGUGAGGGGCGUGGGUGAAAGCGAAUGCUGCCAUCCGAGCUGGAAUAGCUUUCGCAAAGCGAUUGGCAAAGCAGGCCUGACGUGUGCAAUGAUGAAGUUGGUCCUCUGCAAUUUCGACCACGGUGCUUGGAAGAGCGGCGACCGGCUAGAAGCCAAGAAGGAAUCGUUCGACGAUUACCUUCGUAACCAGCCGAGGGAGUAUUUCUCCCUUUUCAGCGAGCGCGUAGCUCAUGAUCGCAUGGAAAGCUACGACGCUGAGGUGGAUCCUGGCGAGACACUCGCAGCCAAGACAAAGGCGUGGUUUGGCAUCUUGGCCUGCUUGCGGGACUUGUCCUUCGAUUGGACAAUUCAGGAACGGCAUUCCGGCUCGCCUGAGCCAGAUGAGGAGCACGACGAGGAGGAACAACAGGAGGAGCUUCUCAAAAUGUACAACAAGGACGGACCUACUUCCAUGGUCGCUGGCUUCAUGGCAGACAGGUCCUUGCAGAGCAUCGCGCGCAUGUUGUUUGUCAUAGCGCAGCCCAUGGAGCAGGCGUACUACGACACGCUGUCGCGACUCCAGGAAGGAUGGCCGGGUCAGGCAGAUUGGGCAAGCAAGCGCGCGAUGGGCUCCUGGUGGACAACUGUGUGGCGCAUUCUUCAGACGCUUCAGACUCCUGAGCUGCACGAUCGCCUUUGCAUGAUGAUGUCGUUAGGCAAACAGCUGCCUCCGGACGAGCUGCCCGAGUGGGCAAAACCAGAGCACCACCUCUUGCUGAAAGCCUUUGCGUUCGCAACUGCUCUUGCCGAGAAUGUGUUCUGGAGCAACGCUCAGUUUUGGCUCUCCAUACCGGCACUUAUCGCUUCGCUGCUGAGUCGCAACCGUGCGUUCAAGCGAAGAGCGCUGCAGCAAAUGCGACGCCUGGUUUGCGCGGUUGAGGCGCUUGAGCAACACCAGCAGCGCAAUCCGCACAACAAGGAGCUGGAGGCUUUGCUCGCUGAUUUGGGGUGGCAGCAGCAGCAGAUGGCGCGGGAGUGCAUGGCGCUCCUUUUGCAGGGCGACUUUCAGGAUGUGACGUCGGUCUUGAGCCCAGAAGGGCUGGAGGAACGGCAAUGGGCCAACAGCCGCUUUUUUGCACCACAGAAAACACUCCUGCCCAACCCCGAAGCCGUCCACAGCGCGGCGCACAUCUUCCAGACUGGCUGGCGCAAAGCAGGGACCCUGAGUCAGCAGCGAUCCGCUGCUGCAGCCGCAUUCCUGAUGGAAGACUCUGCCAGCACGUGGGACUUCUUCACCUUCGCAGAGCCCCGGUAUGCUGAUGUGCCAAUCAAUGACCUGGAAUGGAUGUACAAUUUCACCCUGGACUCGGGGGCUUGCGAUUGGGAGCACGUCCCCGUUCGGAAGCUUGUGCGAGGAUUGGUCCCGGCCUCCUUGGCAAACGCUGGCAUCUUCUUCGCUCUGCAAAGGGUCGGUGUCAACCAGGCCUUAGUCCCAGCUGCAGUGAAAGCAGGAGUGUGGCUGUCAGCCCAACACUUGAAAUGGCUUUGCGCUUCUUUGGAAGUGAACCCACCAAACAAAGGAUCUGGGCGGUCAGGAGCCCUGCUGAAAGCAGACUGGGCACGUGCUUUGGUUCAGCACCUUUUCCCGGAGGAGUCACCAGAGAACAUCAAAAAGAUGAUCGGCUCACUCUCUUUCAACUCACAAAAGAAAUUGAACACAGAAGAAAAGCGGGUGCUCGACUUGGUGGCCCAGCUAGAUGAGGAGAACAGAGAAUGUCCAGAGUUCAAGAAGAUGGCCAAGUUGGCCAAGGCGCAGGUCAAAGAGGAGGAGCGACAACAAACCGAACAUGAGGUCCGCGAGAGGGUCAAAGCAGAGGCGCAGGAGAAGCGACAGCAAGAAGCAGAGCAGCAGCAAGAAGCAGACCGACAGCAACAAGAACUGGAAGCAGCGUCCCCUGCUUCAGCGGCCCGUUCCGGAGCCCGAAAAGCAAGCGAAACCCCUGCCACGCUCAAGAGCGUCUUGAAGAUUCCGGAAAUGUCCGACAUUGGCCUCAAUAGGGACCCAUCUUCUUAUGGCUACAGGGCUACCUUCCCUGCAAGCACUUUGUCCCCCUUGGCAAGCUUUAGUCUUCAACGUGUUUAA